AGUGCGUCGUUAGUUCGAUUUCAGUAGUCACACAGAGAAAAAAGUAGGAAACCGACGACGAGGCACCGUCAAAGCAGCGCAUCAAAGAAGCUCCGAUCCCGCUUUUUACGGUAAUAGUUGCAGAUUUUUUCGCCCGGCUCCGCAGUCCAUAGCAUCCGGAGGAUUUGACCGAUUUUGGAUUGAACCAUGGUCGCGUCGAAGAAAACAUUCACCGUUGGUGAUUUGGUCUUUGCCAAAGUGAAAGGUUAUCCGCCUUGGCCAGCAAAGAUUCUGAAAUUUGAGAAAAAGAAGUACAAUGUCUACUUUUACGGAACGGGAGAAACGGCAAAUGUCAAAAUGGAAGAUGUUUUCGGUUACAGCGACACCAAGAGCAAAUAUGCCACCGAAAAGAUAAUGAAACGGAAAGGAUUCAAGGAAGCUAUCAUACAAAUUGAGUCGGCUUUGAGUGGCGAAGAUCCCAGCCCUAUUUUGUUGACACAAGAACCUUCGACAUCUGCCGAGACGGACACUUCCAAGGUUGAAGAAUCGAUGAAUACGACAGAGGCAAGUUUCAACGCAUCCCGUAUAUCCGCCAAUUCGACGGUCGUUGACACUACCGUAAAAACCGAAAAAGAAGACAGCAUCAACGGAGAUGAAUCGACCAGUAAAUCCCUUAAAGAAGAUGUGAAAAAGCAAGUCAAGAAGGAAAGCAUAGCAAACAGCAGCAGUACCGGCCCUUCUACGCCGGCGGUCGAACCCAAGAAAGCCCCGGCGGUGUCGUCCAGCUCUAGUGUUGUGGUCAAGGAGGAAAAGCCGCCCUCUAGCCCGGUCAAGGAACAAACCGAAGUGGUCAGCCGAAGUGGCCGCAAGAUCAAGCCGAAGCGGUUCCUCGAUAGCGAGGAAGAAGAGCCAACGCUAGCGUCUCCACCGGCCAAGAAAAGGGCUGUAGCACCGAAAGAGAAAGUUCCAGCUUCUCCAGUAGCGCCAGCUGCGACAACACCCAAGAAGGCGAAUCCUUUCGAUAAAAUCGAAAGCGAACGCGUCUACUUUUUAAGAUUGGAACGUGAACUUUGUGAGUUGAAUUGGGAGAUCAAGUCUUGCGUGGGGCUGGCCUGUGCGAAUCCGGAGAAAUGCGUAGAAUUGAUGGAACAAUAUCAAAAACUAAAGGUAACGCCAACGAUGCUGAAAAAGAAUCCCAACUGUGUGGAAACGAUGAAGCGGUUACGGAAAUACGUUGGCAACACUAAGGCAUGGGACAUGUCGGAUGAGGAGCGAAUUAAGUUCGAUUUCUACGCCCAGCAGAUCCGGACCAAGGCGGAGCAGAUUUACAAUCAAUUCAAGACCAUGUUCCCGGUGUCUGAGGGAGCCACUCCAUUUUGGGAGAUCUUCUGCGAAGAAUUAAGCAAAUUCGAGCAAUCCACAAAGCAUCUGAGCCAGGAAGAGCUUUUCCUGCUCGUGGACGAAACAGACAUAAAAAACAACACCGACACGUCAGGCGAAAAGAACGGAACCGAGGCGAAAGACGAAGAAAUCAAGAAUGAGUCAGAAAAGCCGAGCAAAGAGGAGACCACAUCCGAAACGGGUAGUAACGAAGCCGUCGCGACAUAAUCCAAGCAAAAAAAGAAACAGCACUGGUAAGAUUUACGAGAAAGUCGCUCAAAAGGGAAGCGAUACCCCCCAAUUGUAGUUCGGAUAAUUUGAGAAUCAUUUAAAUAUGACACUAUUUGAUGCGAAAAAACGUGGGAUGUGUAUGCAGGAAUGUGUUAAAAAUUAUCAACAUUUGCUAAAUUGUAUUACACAUGAUAUGUUUAGUUUUACAUACCAAUUUUAUUUUUGAAAAAAUAAAUUCGACCAUCUAUUAUUUAAAUUUAAAUGAUCAUUUUAUCAUUAAAAUCCUCGCACAUUGGUAAAGCAAUGUGUACUGAAAUGGUUUGACAGUAGUCGCCCACGUUAAAGGCAAUAGAAAUCGAGGAAAUUUAAAUAAGUUAUUUCUUUGUGUAUAAGCUUAAAAUAAAGAAAACACUAUAGUAAAAAAUACAAUACUGUAUUGGGACUUAACCUACCUAUACCGAGAAAGAAAUUUUUAAUUUUGAACAGUCGACAGAACAUUGGUGAAUGCGAUUAAAAGUAAGGUAUCACCAUUUGAGGCAUCGCAGUUAUCGACUUCAAUAGUUUUGUAAAUGAUAAUUGAAAUUAAAUAAAGCUAGUUAUCAGUUUACAGAUUAA